GAAGUAGAACACGUGUGAAUGAUGAACUAGAAGUAGAACUAGACUGAACAAAACUAAACUAAACUGAACUGAACUAGCUGAACUGAACUUAAAAUGAAAACAUAUACGUUUUGAGGAAAUAUACUUAAAAUGAACUAACGGAACUAAUAGAACAGAACUAGAACAAGUAAAUUGAACUUUAAAUUUUCAUUAACUCUGUGUUGGUUGGUUGUUGUGAUGAAUGUUCGAGUUUUUCAACUGAUUUGAUGUGUAAUGAAUGCUCUCUGUGAACUAGUUGUUGUGUAAUUAAGUAUAAUCGUACUAAGUAUAAUGAAUGUUUGGUAGUUAGAGUAUGUUUAAUUUUUCUCUCCUAUCAACGCAAAAACUAGUUUAAAAACAUAGGAAAUUCACUUCUGAAAACACAAACCAACUUAAAAACACCAACCAAAACCAAAAUGGAUCAUUUUUCCCUAAACUCUCCUAGGUUUGUUAACCUAUUAACUUCCCAGAGCAGUCAAACAAUAGACGUAGAGUCUUCUGAGGUUCCUAGGUUUAGUAGCCAGAGCUCUGAAUCUCCCAAACCAGUGGAAAGGAGAAAGUGGACACAAAAAGAAGACAUUGUGCUCAUCAGUGCUUGGUUGAACACCAGCAAGGAUCCCAUAGUGAGUAAUGAGCAGAAGGCAGUUGCUUUUUGGAAGAGAAUAGAGGAGUAUUUAAACUCAAGCCCUCAGCUCAGUGGCUUCCCUCCGAGAGAGGCAAGUCACUGUAAGCAGAGGUGGGGAAGAGUGAAUGAGCAGGUGUGCAAGUUUGUCGGAAGCUAUGAGGCCGCUUUGAAGGCGCAAGCUAGUGGCGAAAAUGAUAAUGAUGUCAUGAAGACUGUCCAUGACAUCUUCGUCAAUGACUACCAGGUCAAGUUCACCCUUGAACAUGCGUGGAGGGAACUUAGGUUUGAUCAAAAAUGGAGAUCAAACUGUGCUUGCAAAGAUGGUGCAAAGGACAAAAGGAAGGAACCUGCGGAGAUGGUGCCUGACUUGGAAGACGUUAGGCCUCCUGGUGUUAAGGCUUGCAAAGCAGCGAAACGCAAGAAGCAUGGGAAAGAAGCAGUUUAUGAUUAAUUACAGAGCAUGCUAGCUGUGAAAGAGAACAUAUCCAAACAGAAACUCCUUGAUCGUCUCCUUGCCAAAAAAGAUACUCUAUCUGAUAUAGAAGUGCCACUGAAAAACAAACUAGUUUCUCAAAUGCUUUGAUCUGGUCAGUGGCUUUAUUUUUUUGAAUUUACAACUUGUUUAACUUGUGCGAGACAAUGUUUAGUUGCUUGUUAACUUGUUUUCUUGCUUCUUUUGGUUGUUAACUUGUUUAGUUGCUUCUUUACUUGUUUACUUGAGUACUUGUCUACUUGUUUACUGGUUUACUUGUGUUUGUUUCUACACUUUUUUACUAACAUGAAAUGCUUUGAUUUGUUUUGUUUUGCAGGUCACGGGUUGUACUUGUCUACUGGUUGAUUCUGCAGGUCACGGGUUCUACCUAGCUACUGUCUUUAUGUUUCUGUCUACUUGUGUAAUUGUUCAUGGGUUGUUCUGUCCUCUUGUAUUGUUCUGAACUUAUGUUUCUGUAUCUUUGUUUCACGGGCAAAGUGUAGAAUUUUGUUUGUUUCUACACUUUGUUUUUUUUCAUUCACGGCUAUGUAAUGGGAUGCUCUAUAUAAACUAUGUCUUUCUUUUAUUGCCAAAUGUGCAACAAACUCAACUUCUUCUCUUAAAAAUUGCCUCUCUACUUCUUCAAAUUGUCUCUCUACCUCUUCAAAUUGUCUCUCUUGAGUCUACAAACUUGUUCUAUCUCUACCUUUCUUUCCAAAACACUUAACCAAAUUUCCAAACACUUUACCUUUUACACUUAACCAAAUUUCCAAAACACUUAACCAAAUUUCCAAAUUGUGUCUCUAUAUAUAUAAUUUUUUUUUCGUGAACAACAUUCAUUUCUCUUCUAAAAAAAAAAUGUCUUCCUCAUCGUCUGAUGCCAUAGAUGAAAUAUUAAACGAAGCUUUAGAAGAAAUGUUCGACCAACAAUUUGAUCAUACCUUCAACUCAAUAAUUGAUGGUCAAGCCAACAAACCGAAGAGACGAUCUUAUAUCGAAAGACAGCGGGAACAAGGACACAAUCUACUAUGGAACGAGUAUUUCGGAGAACAUCCUACAUAUCCACCGCCAAUGUUUAGGCGGCGUUUUUGAAUGAACAAGCCAUUGUUCCUUCGCAUUGUCGAUCGCCUAAGUAAUGAAGUUUCAUACUUUGAGCAAAGAAAAAAUGCUCACGGAAGGUUAGGGCUAUCUGCACUUCAAAAGUGUACAGCAGUUAUACGUAUUCUAGCAUAUGGUCAAUCGGGAGAUACGUAUGACGAAUAUCUCCGACUUGGAGAAAGUACUGCACUUUUAUGUUUAGAAAAUUUCACUAAUUGGAUAAUACAAUUGUUUGGAGAUGAAUAUCUAAGAAGACCUACACAGGAAGAUCUUCAACGAUUACUCGAUGUUGGAGAGGUACGCGGGUUUCCAGGAAUGAUAGGCAGCAUCGACUGUAUGCAUUGGGAGUGAAAAAACUGCCCAACGGCUUGGAGAUGGUAGUACACACGUGGUUCAAGAAAGUCGACAAUUGUCUUAGAGGCUGUGGCGUCACAUGAUCUUUGGAUAUGGCACGCAUUUUUCGGAGCUCCAGGUAUCCUCAACGAUAUUAAAGUUCUUGAUCGGUCACCAGUUUUUUAUGACAUUUUACAAGGUUGAGCUCCUAAAGUUAAAUUCAAGGUCAACGGCCACAAUUAUCGUAUGGCGUACUACCUUACCGACAGAAUUUAUCCGAAAUGGUCAACAUUUAUCCAAUCCAUCCCACUUCCUCAAGGUCCUAAAGCAGAGCUAUUUGCUGAACGUCAAGAAUCCGCCAGAAAAGAUGUCGAACGUGCUUUUGGAGUAUUGCAAUCGAGGUUUGCAAUAGUUAAAAACCCAGCGAAACUAUGGGAUAAGGAAAAGAUAUGAAGGAUUAUGAGAACUUGUGUCAUAGUGCACAAUAUGGUAGUAGAGAACGAACGCGACGGAUACACUCAGUAUGAUACAUCUGACUUCGAAGCAGGAGAGUCAAGCAGAAGUUCGAAGGUGAAAAUGAGAGAAAGUGUGAAUAUCCCUAAUAUGCUUGGGAUUCAGAAUCAAAUUCGGGAUCCACAAAUACAUGAUCGUUUGAAAGCUGAUUUAGUUGAAAAUGUAUGGGAAAAACAUGGUAAUCAUGAUGAAUAAUCUUUGUAUGUUAUUUGUUCAAAAAAAAAAAACUUUUUAUGUUUUAAUUUGUUCUAAAAAAAAAUUCUAAUUGUAUGUUUGUAUUUUUUAACUCUGAAUAUGUUAUUUGCUCAAAAAAUCAAAAAACAUCUUUGUAUGUUUUAACUCUGAAUAUGUUAUUUGUUCCAAAAAAAAUAUAAAACUUUGUAUGUUCAUGAAUUUUAAUCGUAUUGAAUAAAAACUUUUUAAAAAAUAUAUUUUAUUUUGUUCCUAUGAACUUUAUCUUUAGGUUCACCAAUGGAAAAUGAAAAUAUAUACAGAUUUAUCACUAUUUAUUGUCCCACCAAAAAUAUAUUAAAAAAUUUCUAACAACCCCAAGAGGGGAUGCUCUCACGGACUAGUUUCUUAAACUAAUUUAAGGUUUAUUUAUGAAAUAACCAAAAAUAAAAUUAGUUUUGCAAAGAGAAGAUAAGAAUAGAAAAGAGGAGAGACUGUAUGGUUUUGGUUAGAUAGUGAAUUAUGGUUUGUUUUUGUUAGCCAGUGAGUGCAAUUUCCAAUUAACUAAACUCUCCGAGAAAUUUAUGAAAUUCAUCUCUUCGUAUCCGAAACCCACAAGUAAAAUGUGGUCCUUUUCGUUUCCUCUGCUUCUAAGCUUCGUUGAAGCAUUUGACCCAGAUUUUUAUUUUCACCGGAAAAGUAGUCAUCUUCGCCGGCGAUUGUGAGGCUAAUUCAUUCUCCGGGGAUCGAAUGUUAUGGAGGGAUUCACUAAUCCUACUCCUCGUACUGUUGAAGAGGUCUUUAGGGACUUCAGAGGUCGACAAGCUGGUCUCAUUAAGGCUCUCACCUCUCUCUGUCUCUGUUCUUUCCUGUUUUGUCUGAUUGUCCGAAAAAAUUUACUAUCUUUAUGGGUUUUUUUGUCAUUUCGUGAAAUUUGACGUUUCUGGGUUUGGUUUACUUGUUCAUGCAGAUAUGGUGAAGCUUUACCAAACGUGUGAUCCUGGAAGAGGCUCUUUCAGAUGAUAAACGACCUCCCAACAAUUUUUGAGGUUGUGAGGACGAUGAUGAGCAUGGUGGCCCUUGUGGCGCUUGCGGAGACAACUUCGGUACAGAUGAGUUUUGGAUUUGCUGCGACGAGUGUGAGAAAUGGUUCCAUGGAAGAUGUGUGAAGAUAACACCUGAAAAAGCAGAACGUAUCGUAGUACAUUACAAAUGCCCUAGUCCCUAGAUGCAGUUACAAGAGAGCCAAACCUUGUUGAUGUUAAAAUAAAACAACCAAAAGAAGAAGAGAAAAUAGUUAAAGGAGGAAACUGUGAAAGAAGGAGAAGAGGUUCCCCAGUUUAUUGAACAAAAAGGUUUUAGAAAUCGUAAGAGCAUCUCCAAAAGAUACUCUAUAACUUCAAAUAUGAAGUUUUUUGCUCUCCAAAAAGAAACGUCGAAACUUCAAAUUUGAAGUUUUGAAGAGUGAAACUCUAUAUUUGAAGUUUUGCUAUUCAAAAUUUCAAAUUUGAAGUUUUAUAUUUUUAUUUACAUUUUGGUCUUUACAAUCACACAUCAUAUUUAUGAUUCAUAAAUAUUUUUUCGUUUAUUGUUUUAAUUCUUUAAAAAAUGAUAUCUCAUAAAUAUUUUAAAUUUUGU